UGAGCGAAGCCCGAACCAAAUAUGCCUAGGUUGCUACUGCGGUGCGCUGGCAAACAUCUCUGUGCGCUCCUCACAAGUCGCAAAGCUGUGUUCUGUUUCUGUUCUUUGGGGAACACUUGGCAGGUGAAUUUUGGAUCGUAUAUAAAGGCAGUAGAUCGCCAGUUUCUCAAAAAUUUAGAGCCAGUGUUCUCCCAGCUCUGCUACUUCGGAAAUUAGGCAUUUCUGAGGAAUUCUUUUUAUUUUUGGUUUUUUGGACCAUGGAGGAAGGACAUGAUCGCGCUUAAUAUAUUGGCAAUUAUUCGAAGAGAACAAGAAGGCGAUUUUCCCAGGUUGUGACUCCUAAACACCUGGCCAGUAAUGUCCUUCCCGGUUCUGUAGAACAGUAGAGUGUUUAGUAUCGCCAUGACACUUGAUUAUAUAACCUUUGUAGAAAGAACAUAGGAAAAUCAUUCUCGUGAUACUGAUUAAUUCCGCUGUGAUAUAGACCAGUUUGCGAACUUUUAUUACUCGGCAAUCCUCUGCUUUCGUCCCUAUUGAAAACCCAUUUUUAUUUCAAAUAUCAUAAUCUAACUUUUGCUGUCUCCUUCUGAUUCGAACUUCUAAAUCUCCGUUCGGGUAAUGUUAAUUAUAUCUUUUCCCGUAAAGAUGAACUAUCUGAGAGAUAUUUCUCUGCUAAAGUUGAAAUAUUACGCUCUAUACGAGACUCCCAAACUCUGUCAGUGUUAUGAAUACCUCCAAUGCCGUGGCAUAGUGAAGGUCCGGCUCAAAUGGGUGAAAAACCGAAGUAUUGAUCACGUAAUUGACAAGGAAACGGAUUUGAAGGCUGCUUGUCUCCUCAAGGACGCGAUUAAGCGCUCGUCCACUGGUUUUCUCACAGCAAAAUCUGUAGCUGACUGGCAAAAACUGCUUGGCCUCACAGUCCCGGUUCUUCGUUUCAUGCGUAGGUAUCCCACUCUCUUUGAAGAAUUUCCACAUCCUCGUUGGCCUAGUUUGCCUUGCUUCCGUUUGACAGAUACUGCAGUACUGUUGGACUCGCAAGAGCAAAGCAUUUACGAGGCCCGUGAGAGUGAUAUUGUCGAACGGCUUUGUAAGGUACUUAUGAUGACGAAAACUCGAACUGUGCCGCUGCAGUCCCUCCAUCCUUUGAAAUGGGAUCUAGGUUUACCGGAUUGCUUUGAGAAAUCACUGGUCCCAAAAUACCCAGAUCAUUUUCGAUUUGUCAAGGCCUCAAAUGGGGUCACCUGCCUGCGACUAGCAAAUUGGUGUGAGGAAUUUGCAGUUUCGGCAUUACAAAAGAGCAAUGAAAACAGGACAUCUGGGGAUGAGUACAGGCAAUUCAAGAGAGGGCAAGCAGCUCUGGUUUUCCCCAUGAAUUUUCCAAGGGGUUAUGGAGCACAGAAGAAAGUAAGGGCAUGGAUGGAGGAAUUUCAAAAGUUGCCUUACAUUUCUCCUUAUGAGGACUCUAGACAAAUUGAUCCAAAUAGUGAAUUAAUGGAGAAGCGAGUUGUUGGAGUUCUGCAUGAAUUUCUAAGUUUAACCAUGCACAAGAAAACAAAGAGGAACUACUUGAGAAGCUUGAGGGAGGAGUUGAAUCUUCCCCACAAGUUUACCCGAAUCUUCACAAGAUAUCCUGGCAUAUUUUACCUCUCACUGAAAUGUAAAACAACGACUGUUACUCUUAGAGAAGGGUAUCAACGUGGAAAACUAGUGGAUCCGCAUCCUAUUGCUCGUCUCAGAGAGAAGUUUUAUCAUGUAAUGAGGACGGGGCUUCUUCAUCGCGGAAAAGGUGCGAACUUUAUAAAUCAAGAAGAUUUAUUGCUAAAUGAUGCAGUGAAUGAGGCAGGGCUGCGAGAAUCUGAGGAGGAAGAUUCUGGAACAGGUGAUGAAUUCUAUGAGGUUGAAGAUUCAGACCUAGAUGGAGCGUCUGAUGGAGAGUAGUGUUCAUAUGACAGAAGUAACAUUAUAGCCACCUACGAGUAAGAAAGAAAAUAAUUUGCUCUCCAGUAGGUAGCUCUAUUACAAAAUUUUAGAAUUUUGACUAUUCGCUCAUCAAACAUCCAAGCUUUUAUGAGUCUACUGGCUAUAUUUUUCGAUUUGUCUUGCCAGUGCAAUCAUGAAACAUUCUUAAUAUUUGCCACUUUAUAUUUUUCCCCCCUUUCUUUCAUGUCCUUACUUCCUUGAAGUAACAUCAGUGGAUACUGCGUGUCUUCAUUCUGCUUCUGUUCUGCUGAUGCUUUAAUUAUUAAGGGGAGUAUUGUCUAACAUUUGUUGAUUAUGCUUUGACGAGACGCUAAAUAUCUGGAAAAUAAGUUUCGUAUAAAAAGCUUAAUUUGUAGUUUUAAA